CAAAAGGGAUCACAGUUUCGGAGGUUCGACACUCAGCCAGUGUUCCUUGCAGAGCCAUGGCCCAGGCGUUCUGGGCCUCCUGUCUUUUCCCACUGUUUCUAGCUGCCUUGGCUCAGGAGACUCUGAAUCUUCAAAAAGCAAAGGUGGAUUGCAACAAAGGUGUGGCUGGCACCAUCUAUGAGUAUGGAGCCAAGACCCUGACUGGCGGGGAGUAUGUUCCUUUCCAGCAGUAUGCAGGAAAGCACAUCCUCUUCGUCAACGUGGCCUCCUUCUGUGGCCUGACAGCUACUUAUCCUGAGCUGAACACGCUGCAGGAGGAGCUGAAGCAGUUCAAUGUCAUUGUUUUGGGCUUUCCUUGCAACCAGUUUGGAAAACAAGAACCUGCAAAGAACUCAGAGAUCCUCCUAGGACUCAAAUAUGUGCGCCCAGGAGGUGGCUAUGUCCCCAAUUUCCAGCUUUUUGAGAAAGGGGACGUGAAUGGAGAAAAUGAACAAAAGAUUUUUUCUUUCCUAAAGAACUCCUGCCCUCCCACUUCUGAACUUUUGGGCUCUACGGAAUAUCUCUUCUGGAAUCCCAUGAGGGUCCAUGACAUCCGCUGGAAUUUUGAGAAGUUCCUGGUGGGGCCAGAUGGAGUCCCUGUCAUGCGCUGGUUCCACAAGACUCCUGUCAGCACUGUCCAAUCAGACAUCAUGGAGUACCUAAACCAAUCUCAUACCCACUAGGGUAUGCUUUACAAAUAAUGUCUUUGCUCCACCCCUUCACCAGCCUUCAUAUGACCAAAGCAUGCAACACUACCUGUGUUCCAACUAAUGCAUGUGUGAACAGCUUUGUAUGCAGAAGUGUAGUUCUGGUAGGCAUAUACAUACAUGUAUUGAAAAUUAAGUCAAAGAAAAUCUAUCUACCCAAAUAUCUGAUUCUGCUAUAUUAAGUGUUCCUAAUCUAUCCCAAAAGGAAGUCAUAUUGUAGAGUUGAUGAUUCGAACAAUCCCAUCCACUUAAAAAAAUGCAAACCUGCAAAAGUCCUAACACUCAGUGUCCCAUGGGUUUAAAAAAGUGGAAAUGAGUAGCAAGAUCAUCUGAAUUCCCUUACCAGCCUCCUCUCCUCCUAAGCUGGUCAUGCUUUGUCAAGCUCUUCGUCUGUCUAUCCGUUUUAGUGGCACAGCAUCCUGUAGUUUUCUUAGGAGAUUCUGAAAGCUGAGAGCAGAAACCUCACCUGGCAUGAAGGGAAGGGCAUCUCCACCGUAGGGCCCAGUGUCCCUCUGGAUGAGACCCUAGCAGAGCCUUCCUAGGUGCCUUCCUCUUAGUUAUUUGGGUCCUGGCUCCUGGCCACAAAUGUCCUUCACACCAAACGAUGAACCUCACUGUCAUCCUGACUCUUCACAACGUUAAAUUCAUUUCUAUUACCACUGUCUCAUGAUAAUAAUAAAUAAUCAAAGAACACGCA